AUGGCCGAGCGGCGAUCCGGGGACCACGGAGGGCUGACGGAUGCUGCUGCAGCGACCCGCCGGGACGAGCAGCAGCAUCAGCAGACGAUGAAUUCGGCGGAGGAAGCGGGAGCGGAGGACCUGCCUUUGGCGGAGAUACUGGGGCUGUAUAACCAGCCCAUCAAUGAGGAGCAGGCGUGGGCGGUGUGUUACCAGUGCUGCAGGACGCUGGCGAAGGGACACCGGGGCAGGAGGAGCCCCUCCGCCGCCCCCGGAGCAUCACCGGCGGCGGCUCCGAGGAGGAUAUCCGGACCGGGGGAUGUUAGGAUACAGAGAGACGGGUCCGUGAGGGUGGAACCGCAGGGCUGCGAAGGUAAAUACAGCCUUUGCACAACAACAGAGGUGAUCGAGUCUUUAGGCAUCAUGAUCUACAAGGCUCUGGACUAUGGGCUAAAGGAGAAUGAGGAGAGGGAGCUCAGCCCUCCUCUGGAGCAGCUCAUCGACCACAUGACCAACAUGGCUGAGGCCACACGGGACGCUUGCCCCGACGAAGGUUAUGAGGCCACAGAGGAAGAGGACGAGGCAGAGGAUGACCCUGACGGCAUCUCCAGUGUAUACGGCUACAGAGAUAUCCUCAAGCUGUGUACAGCUCAUCUACCCAGUCUGUCAGAUGCCCCCAGUCACUACCAGGCAGUGUGUCGGGCUCUGUAUACAGAAACCAGGGAGCUACGCACUUUCCUUGAGAAGAUCAAGAGUGCCAAAGAGAACCUCCGUAAAAUGGAGGAAGAGUCGUCAGAAGAACCUGGCCGAGACCUGAACGAGCUGCAGAAUGCUGACUGGGCUCGAUUCUGGGUUCAGGUGAUGAGGGACCUGCGUGAAGGAGUCAAGCUGAAAAAGGUGCAGGAGCGUCAGUACAACCCUUUGCCCAUCGAGUACCAGCUCACUCCUUACGAGAUGCUCAUGGACGACAUCAGGUCCAAACGUUACAAACUGCGCAAAGUCAUGGUGAAUGGAGACAUCCCACCCAGGUUAAAGAAGAGCGCUCAUGAAGUCAUCCUGGAGUUCAUCAGGUCCAGACCACCUCUCAACCCUGUGUCAGCUCGCAAGCUGAAGCCACAGACUCAGCCUCCUCCUACCCUGCAUGAGCGGAUCCUGGAGGAAAUCAAAGCAGAGAGGAAACUUCGACCGGUGUCUCCGGAUGAGGUCCGCAGGGGAAGGCUGGUAAUUCGGCCACUUAGCAUGUCUUUCAGUUUUGAUGUGUCAGAUGAGUUUAGUCCGUACAUGGGCAGGAGGACAUCCAGCUCUCUGUCUCUAACCAAUGGAACAGCAUCUCCCAGAGUAGAACCCUCCGGAUCUCAGUCUGCACCCCAGAGGAAAAGGCUCCUGAAGGCUCCCAGCCUCGCCGAGCUGGACAGCUCUGACUCCGAUGAUGAGAUUGUUGGGCGCAAAUCAGCCAGUAGCUCCAGUGUGGCUACAUCUUUGAUGGAUGAUACAUCCCCAGAGUCUGCACUGGGGAAGAAAACUCCCCCCAUGUUCCUGCCCAUCUCCUCUACACCUCAGCCAGAGAGGCGUCAGACCCCCCAGAGGAGACACUCCAUCGAGAAGGAAACCCCGACCAAUGUGCGUCAGUUUCAGCCACCGUCCAAACAGAGUUCCAAGUCUCUGGUUGGGACCAUAGCCUCAUUUCGUCCCUGGAUCCCCUUCCUCCUCCUCCUCCUCCGCCCUUCUCCCUCCACUCUCCACCCUUUACGGAGCUCCCACCCUAUCGAGGCAUUUGUGUUGGGGUUGAUGAAGGCAGUUUUUGCUCUCUGCAGGAGCAUUUACAUCAGUGGAAGAGAGUCGGCCAAGGAGGAGUUCUGUUUCCCUGUGGAGUGUCUGUCUCUGACAGUGGAGGAGGUGAUGCACAUCAGACAGGUGCUGGUUAAGGCAGAGCUGGAGAAAUUCCAGCAGUACAAAGAAAUCUACAACGCUAUGAAGAAAGGAAAGCUUUGCUUCUGUUGUCGAACCAAAAGGUUUUCCUUUUUCACCUGGUCCUACAUCUGCCAGUUUUGCAAAAAGCCUGUGUGUUCACAAUGUUGCAAAAAGAUGCGGCUGCCAUCCAAACCUUAUUCCAGUUUGCCCAUCUACUCCAUUGGCUCAUCCAACACUCUCCCCAGGGAGAGGAUAAGUACCAUGGCCACUGUAGGACAAGGACUCUCUGUGGCUGGAGGGCCGGGGCCAUUAGCAGUGGGAGGGGCCGCGGCAUCCCCCACUUUGAGAGAAGAAACAACAGGAGCAUCUAAAGGAGCUGGAAAAGCCUCUGGAGCAGCAGCUGCUGCAAAAUUGGAGAAAUUCUCCAGUAGCCCACAACGCCACAGCAUCCAGAAGACCAUGUCAAAGUUUUCAAAGCAUGGCUCUUUAAAGUCUCAUGAAGAACUGGAGCUUCCCCCAGAGUUGACAGAGGACUGGGCCACCAUGGAGGUGUGUGUGGACUGUAAGAAGUUCAUCUCUGACAUUAUUGCCUCCAGCAAGCACAGCCUGUCACUGGCCACCAAGAGGGCUCGCUUAAAACGCAAGACCCAGUCCUUCUACUUGUCCUCCCCUAAAGGAAGGGAGGAGUACAGGCCCUCCGAACGAACAAUCAACGAGAUCUGA